AUGGGUACCACUUACUCUAAGCCAGAGCCCUUUAACGAGAAGGCUUCUCUAUCGAAGGGAAACAUCACGAAGACCAACCAUACCAUUGAUGAAGAUGAGAGCCCUCCUCCUCCCCCGUACCCAACUCGGGAAAGAGCCCGUUUAUUGUCUCUCACAGACGUAGAGGACUGGAAUGAGACUCUUCUGAGCGAUCCAAAGAAUCGUCUGGCGAUUUCUGGCUUUGCUGGCCAGUCAUGGGAGCCCAUUCUCGCCAACCGAAAGGCCCUAAGAUAUGACCAGCACAUCUUCAAUCUGACUAUCCCAGAGGAAGGGACACCGAUCACAAAUCAGCGAUCAUCUGGACGCUGCUGGCUAUUUGCCUCAACAAAUGUCUUCCGCGUACCGCUCAUCAAGGCAUACCAGCUUCGCCAGUUCGAGCUCAGCCAAGCUUACCUAUUUUACUGGGAUAAAAUCGAGAAGGCGAAUUAUUUCUUUGAACAAAUCAUCGCCACAGCCGACGAGGAUCUAUCUAGUCGCCUUGUGCAGAAACUACUGCAGGACCCAGUCACCGACGGCGGACAGUGGGAUAUGGUCGCCAAUCUGGUCCAUAAAUAUGGAUUAGUUCCUCACACGCUCUAUCCCGAUGCCUUCCAUGCGCAGAAUAGCUCAAGAAUGAAUUGGCUACUUACUGCCAAACUACGUGAACAAGCAUUGGCCUUGCGCAUGUUAGCAGCCAGAAGAGAUGACCACGCAGCCUAUUUGAUGGCUACCAGCAAAGAUAAAUUCCUUAAGGAAAUCCACUCACUUGUCACUCUCUUACUGGGACCCCCGCCUAGUCCGGAUAAGGAAUUUGUUUGGCAAUUCUAUGAUGCCAACGGUGCUGCGCGAGAGGUGCGUCAGACUCCAGUCGAGUUUGGCAAACAGGCAUUCCAAUCCCAGACUCGCAUACUCUCUCGAAGUCCUGCUGCUUCUCCCGGUCGGUAUUUCAGUCUUGUUAAUGACCCGCGAAAUGAGUACAAUCGACUGCUUACAGUUGAUAAACUCGGCAAUGUCUUGGAGGGUCAACCUUUGACAUAUGUCAAUGUGGAAAUGCCCGUCCUUAAAAAGGCGGUUAUUGCUAUGCUCAAGGCUGGACACCCUGUCUUCUUCGGGUGCGAUGUUGGCAAGUCCUCAGAUCGUAUCCUUGGAGUCAUGGAUGCUGAUAUUGCUGAUCUUACUCUUGGAUUCAAUAUCUCCUUGGGGAUGAAUAAGGCGGAGAGACUUGCCAGUGGUGAGUCUGCAAUGACUCAUGCCAUGGUCAUCACAGCGGUACAUAUUGAGAAUGAUGAGCCAGUUCGAUGGCGUGUGGAGAACUCAUGGGGCGAGACUGCGGGAGAUAAGGGUUGGUUCGUGAUGACGGAUAAGUGGAUGGAUGAGUAUACAUUCCAGGCUGUCGUGGACUCGAACUUUGUGCCUGCCGAUGUACGCGCCAUUCUUACACAAACCCCUCAUGUUUUGCCUCGAUGGGAUCCCAUGGGUGUUUUGGCUUAG